UAAAAAUAUUAUUUAUUUUGUCAAAAAAUGCAAUUUUGUUUUUUAAAAUUAAAAAUGUACUUAAGAGAAGAAGGGUACAACUAACCAAAAUUGUAAAAAGUUAAGGGGGUAAAUUCAUAAAUAAAGCAUAAAAGUAGGUUAGCAUUGAAAAAAAGAAAUUUAAAUCAAAAUAACUCUCUUCUUGCAGAGAGUAGAGACUGAAAAACUGAAACUGCUUUUUUUUUUUGCUAAAUUCACUUCAAAGCCAGGAAAACUUUUCCAUAAAUAACUGAAAGUCUGAAACAGAGAUUAAAAUCUGAGAAAAAAAGAGAAAAAUGUUCAGAUUACAUAAGCAAAAGUCUGAUAAAUCUGGUAACAGACUCGAUUUCAGGUUCUCCAGCCUCCAAGCUCUCCAGGUUCCAAAAGGAUGGGAUAAGCUUAGCGUGUCAAUUAUUUCUGUGGAUACUGGCAAAACCAUAACCAAGUCAAGCAAAGCAUCAGUGCAAAAUGGAAAUUGUCGAUGGACAGAGACCUUUUCAGAGUCUAUUUGGAUUGCACGAGGUGAUACUUCGAAAGUGAUUGAUGAAUGCUUAUUUAAGCUUGUUGUCGCCAUGGGAUCAUCUAGAUCUGGCUUCCUUGGAGAGGCAACAAUUAAUCUUGCAAGCUACAUAAGUUCAAAAAGUUCUAUUCCUCUUUCAUUACCAUUAAAGAGAUGUAACCAUGGGACAGUCUUACAGGUUAAAAUUCAGUGUUUGACACCGAGAGAAAAACUCAGGGAUGAGCAAUGGAAAGAUACAGACUUGUAUUUGGAGAAUGGGUCUCUGGAAUAUGAUGAAUUGGAAAACAAAUCGGAUGUUUCUGAUUGUACAUUUACCAGGAGUGUUGGAUCCUCAUCUAAUAAUCAUUUAGAGGGUAGCCUUCAUCCUCGAAAAAUGUCUAGUAGGGAAACAAGUUUCUCCGCAUCAGACUCACGUAAUAGCUUUGACUCCUUGGAUGGUUCCUUUAACAGGGAAAAUUACUUCCUUCAUAAUGGGGUUAUGAGCAAUCUAAUUGGAAGACAAGAUUUAACUGGUUCUCAAACUAGUUCUUCUCGUGGAUCUUAUUCUUUUAAUCAUUCGUCCAGGUCAAACCACUCAUCCUUUACUCCAAAAGUCUCCACUUCCGGAAGCCAUCCUCAAAAUCAUAGAGAAGACUUCAAUCGGGUUUCACAUCUUGUUCCCUCUUCUCCACGACGUAAUGCUGGUUCAUCUAAACAUCUCUUGGAAGCUGCUGAGAUUAAAAUUGGGGAGCUCCGGGCAGAAGCAAGGAUGUGGGAGCAAAAUGCUCGAAAGUUGAUGAUUGAUCUGGAAAAUUUGCAGAAUGAAUUUUUUGACCAGUCAAAACGCCAAAAAAGUCUUGAGGUGGCACUUUCAACAUCACGGGCAGAAUGUGAUUGCUUGAAGCAGGAGGUCGAACAAGUAAAGAUCUUGUUGGAGUCACAGAUGAAAGAGGCCGCUGCUGAGAAUUUGAAGUUUCAGACUAAAAAUGCUGACUAUGUUCAAAAGGAGAUGGAAGAUGAGAUAAAGUUUCAGAGAGAGGAGAAAGCUAAUUUAGCCUUACAGUUGAAAAAAACCCAAGAAUCAAAUAUUGAGCUUGUUUCCAUUCUUCAGGAGCUGGAAGAAACCAUAGAAAAACAGAAACUAGAAAUUGAUAGCCUUUCUAGUGUGAAAUCUGAAUAUGAAGAAUUAGAAAAGGAUGACUUCGGAUUUGAAGGCAGUUGGCAAAUAAAUGCUGACAUGCAAGUUUCAGCAAAGCAGACCAUAAAAUCUUCUUAUUCUGAUGGAGAAAGUGGUGUUGUUGAACACCAAAGACGAGGUUUGCAUGCAGAGAACAGGAAUCUGGAGCUCCAGUUUCAGCUGCUGCAGGAAUCACACGGGAAAUUGGAAAGCACCAUUCAGUUUCUGGAGAAAUCUCUGGAAGAAAAGAACCAUGAGAUGGAGAUUGAACAAGGUCUAAGGAGUCAAUCUCUUAUGGAUUGUGAGGCUGAAUGGAGGGGCAAAUUAGCUGAAAAAGAGGAAAAAAUCAUUAAUUUGGAAAUGAAAUUGUCUGAAGCUCUUGAUGUUCAAGGUUCAAAGGAAGUGGAUUCGGAAAAAGAAGGUAAUUAUAAUCUAAUCAAAGAAAUUGAAGCUCUAAAACUGAAGGUGCAGGAACUUGAGAGUGAUUGCACUGAGCUUACUGAUGAAAAUCUGGAACUUCUUUUCAAGCUCAAAGAAUCAAGAAAAGAUCACAGUGCGACCUCUAAUUCUCUUUUACCUGAUCAUCCAGGAGAGAACUCUCUUUCUAGACAUGAACCUGAAGUAACCUCUUGCAACUAUGAAGAUGAGCUGAACAAAAAACCUCUUACCGAAGUACCUUCUGCUGAUCUGUUAUGGGUUCAAUCUUUAGUUGUUGGAAAUAGAUGUGCGGACCUUGAGCUGCAGUUGGAAGCUUUCCAGGACAAAGCUUCUUAUCUUGAUGGCGAACUCUCCAAAUGUCGUGCCACAGAAGAAGAACAGGAGAUUGAAAUUGUGACACUGCAACAGCAAUUAGAGCAUUACCAACAGACAGAAAUUGAGAGUAAGAACCAACCUUCUCUUGCCGCUAGAGAACCCAGGAUUUCUGAAUCACCUGCUGCUGUUGAAAUCUCUAAAUUGCUAGCUGAGUUAGAUGAACAGAUUCAACUUUCUUUAGAUGACUUAAAGCAACAGCAUGCUCUUAAGUCACAUGCAAAUCCUGAGGGAAUUUGUGGUUCCAAUGACUCACAGAUUUUGAAGAGUACUGAUUUGAUAAGUCAAACACAGCAAGUUGAGAUUAUCUUGAACAAUUUUUUCCUGCUAAAACAAUUCUUUGGAGAAAAAAGAGCUCUCGGUGAUGAAGAAUAUAGAAAAGAGGCCACAGGCUCAGCAGUGAGUGCCGAUGACAUCCUGGAUAAAUUGGAGGAUUAUAAAUUAAAGGAGUUAAGUUCUUGUAAAGAAGACAGUGAUCUAGGAAUGGAAUUGUCAGAGAAGAUCUCCAAGAUAGAGAAGCUUAAAUCUGAUAAUUUGCUAAAGGAAGAUGAGCUUGAGGCUUUAAGGCAUCACCAAAAAGAGUUAGAAGCUCAGGUUUCUUCUGUUCUGAAGGAUAAAAGACAGUUGGAGGAAAAUAUAGAAAUCAUGCUCAGAGAAAGUGCUCUUACGGCGAAAUGCUUGGAUGAUUUAUGCAGUGAAAUGAUGGUGCUUACUAGCAAUAUGGAUUACCAGAUUUCAGACAACAAUAUUCUUGUAAAGAAGUCUUCGGAACUUGAAAGUGGUAAGCAGGAACUGGAAGUUCAUUUAUCUGAACUAGAAGAAGAAAACAUUCAGUUAUCAGAACGGAUAUGUGGUCUGGAAGCACAAUUAAGGUAUCUGACUGAUGAGAGAGAGUCUUGUCGUCUGGAACUACAAAAUUCAGAAUCUCAAGCAAUGAAUUUCAAGGAAGAGAAAAUAAGAUUGGAAAAUGAAAUGGAGGCACAGAGGGUUGAUAUGAGACAGGAGAUGGAAGAGAUACAAAAGCAGUGGUUAGAAGUUCAAGAGGAGUAUGAUUAUCUAAAAAUUGUGAAUCCCAAACUGAAAGCUACUACUGAAAGUCUCAUUGAAGAAUGUAGUAUGCUUCAGAAAGCAAAUGGAGAAUUAAGGAAGCAAAAGAUGGAGUUGCAUAAGCAUUGUGCAGUCUUGGAGGCAGAGCUGAAGGAAUCUGAAAAACUUUUUUCUAAUAUGGCUAACGAAGUUGAAGCUCUUGAAGAAAAGUAUUCCAUGAUGCUUGAAGAAAUAGCCUCAAAAGAGAAAGCCUUUAAUUUGGGUCUAAAAGUACUUCAGGAGAACAUGAAACAGAAAGAAAAAAUAGUUCUUGAAGAGGGCCUAUUAAAUCAGAAGUACUUGGAGAAGACAACUGAAGUUGACAACCUCCAAAGAGAGGUUGCACAACUCACCGAACAGAUAUCUGCAACCCAGGACGAAAAGGAGAAAACAGCAUCAGAAGCUGUGCUUGAAGUUUCUCAUUUAUGUGCAGAUAAAGUGAUGCUUGAAGCUGCUCUACAAGAUGUUCAAGGGAAACUUAAAAUAUCUGAGGCUAAGCUUAAUGCCCUGCAGGUGGAAUCUGAAGCUGAGAUACAAGGGCUAAAGGAAGAGCUAGCUGCCGCAAAGCAAAAACAGGAAAUUUUGAUGGCUGACCAUGAAAAGCUACUAGACUUGUUGGAAGAUGUCAAAUCCAAUGACGAAAAACUGAAAGGCACUGUUAGGGGACUUGAACUGAAACUUAAAGUUUAUGAGUAUGAGAAUCAACAAUCAGCGGAAGAAAUUUCCAGCCUUAAGGUUCAAUUGCAGAAAACAGCACUUCUACAGGAUGAAAUUUUAGCUCUUAAAAGAACAGUUAGUGAAACGAAGUUUGAAAAUGAAAGGCUGGAAGCUUCUUUCCAAAUUCUAACCAGAGAUCAUGAAGAACUUAAGGUUGAAAGAACCCUAUUUGUCCAGAAAAUCUCUAAUAGUCAGCAAGCUCUUUCUGAAUUAGCUGAUUGCAGAUGUAGGAAAGUUGCCCUUGAAGAAAAGGUCCUGAGGCUGCUGCAGGGUGAUUUAACUGCAAGAGAAGCCUUGGAAACUCAGGAAGCUGCACUUAAAAGCGAGCUAGCCCAAAUUAGAAGAGAAAAUAGCCAAUUCCAGAGGAAGAUAAAGCACCUUGAGGAGGAGAAAGACGAGUGCCUGAAGAAAGCCCAAUGUCUGGAAGAGGAACUGAAGCAACUUAAACAGGGUCAAUGCAAUUCCCAGAAUCAGGGCAUAGAAGAAAACAAUAACCCGCUAUCUUGUGAGAAGCUGUUCACUGAAAUGGACCAAGGACAACAUUGUUUAGAUGAAAAUCACGCGCAGGUUGAUAACAAUCAAAACUGGAGUAAUGAAGCUUCUCAAGUUAAAGGAGUUCAUCUUUUGUCAAAGAUUCAGAAUCUUCAAAAUGAUCUUGCAGAAGCUUUAGAGGCAAAUGACAUGUAUAAGGCCCAGAUUAAAAGUUUGUUGUCUAAAGAAGAAAGCAUCCAUCCAGAUGUUCCUGAGAAUUCAACAGGUGAAGAGGCUGCAAGACAAGAUGGUUGUGAGUGCAAGGCAUCAGCGUUCGAGACAGAGUUGAAAGAAUUACGUGAACGGUAUUUGGAAAUGAGCCUCAAAUAUGCCGAGGUAGAAGAUGAACGGGAGCAACUUGUCAUGCAGCUUAAAGCUGCUAGUGGUCGAAAGAGCUGGUUUUCAUGAAUCUAGGAUAACUUUGAUCGUAUUCUUUCUCCGGCUCUGGCCUCAACACUGACAACUUCUCUUCCACCAUUCAUUUUUCCUAUAGAUUUUCUAGUAAACAAAAUAGUGGUAAGAAAUUAAUUGUUCCUACAUUGGGAGUCCAGGUCGAGAAUAGGGAUUUUUUGCGGGUUUAGUAAAGGCUAGUUGUAGCAUAAAAUAUAACAAUGUUAAGCAUGCAGAAAACGAAAAGUAUAAGGCUUUCCCUAUUUUUUUAUUUUCUUUACAGAUGGAGUAGGGAAUAAUAUUCUUGAGUGUUUGAUCAUUGAUUCAUGGUGAACAUCAUGUCCUAUUUCUUGUGCUUUUCCAAUAGUUGAUCUCCAUUAAACAAGUUCAUGCCUAUGAUUGUCACUCUUGGGUUUCUUGAGUCCAUCAAGAUGAGAUGGAGAAUAAAUUCCUUCGUAGAUUUGCAUUUUGAUAUCAUUUUGCUAAGUGCUUUCAUGCUGCCUACGGUUGUCAUAAAAAGGCGUAAAGCUAGUACCCGAAAAAAAAAAAAGGGCAUAAAGCUUGGUUCUGAUUUUCAGCUUGAAUGCCAUUGGUGGAUAUUGAUAUGUUUCUAAUGUUUUUGUUGUUUGAGUUUAAAUUUUGGUAUAAUCUAGUUGUUUGAUUUCUUGUUUGUAGUAAAUUUUAUGACCAUUUUUAAGGAUAUUG